GGAGUCCUUGCUGUCCCGUGGAUCCCGUCGUUGGAGGCUCCUGGAAUUUCGGAAGUCAAGGUCAGAUUGGAGGACCGAAGACAGUUUGGAGACCGCCGAGUGAAUCGAAGAAGGUCGAGAGGAGGACCAAGAGGAUCUUCUGGUUGGCUUUGGAAGGAGUCCCUGGAAGAGUUCAAGGAUUAGUUUUAAGCAUAAGUGAAGUGAUUGAUGAGCUGGUGAGGAGAAGGAGGAGCUAUGGCGACUCAUUCUGCAUACGAUUAUGAGGACAGGGGCCAGAGGAUGCGACACAGGGUGGGCACCACGUCCAGGGCUGCUGACUCCACCGUAGCCUGCACCAGUAACCAGUACUACGUGGGCCCCAGCAGCGACAUCAGCGAGGAGGAUCUAGCCGAGCUACCGUCUUGCGUUUACGCUGGAAGAUCGUCUCAGCACGUCGCUCACGCAUCCUCGCACACGCACUCGCCUCUGCACUACCACAUGCCUGUCUCCACACCUGAUCACGAGACGGACAUGAACGGCGUGGAGGAGGGUUAUUACCCAAACGGCAGCCCUUACAGAAUCCAACGACACGCUGCCAACAUACGCGAGAGGAAACGCAUGCUGAGCAUCAACUCGGCUUUCGACGAGCUCAGAGUUCACGUACCAACGUUCCCAUACGAGAAGAGGCUGUCGAAGAUCGACACCCUUCGCCUGGCGAUAGCCUACAUCGCUCUCCUGCGGGAAGUCCUGGCUGCGAGACUCGACCCGCUCACUUACGUCGAGAGGUGCCUUAGGGGAGAAAUAAAUGGCGAACGUGCCGAAUGGAACACGAGUGGUUGGUACCAAUUCCAUUUUUCACUGAUAUAAUGAUCCUAGAAAAAC